AUGUCGUCAAGGAUGGACAGCUGUGACAGCCGUAUUGAUAAUCUGUGUGCGCGGAUUGAAGCACUGGAGACCAAGACCGCGUCUCCUAGCGGUCUUAGCGGUAAUGGUACUGAUGCUUCUUUGUUAGAGACAAUAGCUCAGCUAAAAACUGAUUUAAAUGAUCGAGACCAGGACCUGCUACACAACGAUCUUGAGAUCUCUUGUGUCCCAGAACAAGCGGGGGAAAAUACAAUUCACAUAGUGAGUACCUUAGGGCAGAAGCUCGGUGUCACGCUGUCUGAACAUGAUAUCGUCGACGCGACUCGCGUGGGUCGUGCGCCGCUGUUGGAGGAGGGCGUGCCGGCCCGCCCGCGGCUGCUGGUGGUGCGGCUGGCGCGCCGCGCCGUGCGCGACCGGCUGCUGCAGGCGGCGCGGGUGCGCCGCGGGGCCACCACGGAGGGCACCGGACUCCCGGGGCCCGGUAGCCGCUUCUAUGUCAACGAGCGGCUGACAGCCUUCAAUCGACGGCUAUUUCAAAGGGCACGGCAGCUGAAGGAGCAACACGGCUGGCGAUACGUGUGGACGCGUGAUGGCAGGAUCUAUCUGCGCCAACGACCGGGAACUGACUCUCCGAGACAUCGCAUAAGGACUGAAAGUGACUUGGCUCGUGUUUUUGGUUCUCUUGACGUUUGCUCUCAGGCAUAA